AUGUAUCAAGAUAAUAAAGAAAUAAACGCCAGGGAAAAUGAUGCAGAAAAUCUGGACCAAGCAUUCGAGAAUCAGGUGAAGCAGAUUACGGCAGACCAGGAAUCCGACGAAACCACACGGAAUCGCCUGUCAUCGACAUUGGUAGAUGAAAUUCUAGAUCAGCCGGAGGACAGUAGUGCUGCAAGCCUCGAACAAUUAUCCGACGAUUUGGUGGAGCAGAUUAUGGCAGGCCAGGAUUCCGACGAAUCCACACGGAAUCGCCUGUCAUCGACAUUGGUAGAUGAAAUUCUAGAUCAGCCGGAGGACAGUAGUGCUGCAAGCCUCGAACAAUUAUCCGACGAUUUGGUGGAGCAGAUUAUGGCAGGCCAGGAUUCCGACGAAUCCACACGGAAUCGCCUGUCAUCGACAUUGGUAGAUGAAAUUCUAGAUCAGCCGGAGGACAGUAGUGCUGCAAGCCUCGAACAAUUAUCCGACGAUUUGGUGGAGCAGAUUAUGGCAGGCCAGGAUUCCGACGAAUCCACACGGAAUCGCCUGUCAUCGACAUUGGUAGAUGAAAUUCUAGAUCAGCCGGAGGACAGUAGUGCUGCAAGCCUCGAACAAUUAUCCGACGAUUUGGUGGAGCAGAUUAUGGCAGGCCAGGAUUCCGACGAAUCCACACGGAAUCGCCUGUCAUCGACAUUGGUAGAUGAAAUUCUAGAUCAGCCGGAGGACAGUAGUGCUGCAAGCCUCGAACAAUUAUCCGACGAUUUGGUGGAGCAGAUUAUGGCAGGCCAGGAUUCCGACGAAUCCACACGGAAUCGCCUGUCAUCGACAUUGGUAGAUGAAAUUCUAGAUCAGCCGGAGGACAGUAGUGCUGCAAGCCUCGAACAAUUAUCCGACGAUUUGGUGGAGCAGAUUAUGGCAGGCCAGGAUUCCGACGAAUCCACACGGAAUCGCCUGUCAUCGACAUUGGUAGAUGAAAUUCUAGAUCAGCCGGAGGACAGUAGUGCUGCAAGCCUCGAACAAUUAUCCGACGAUUUGGUGGAGCAGAUUAUGGCAGGCCAGGAUUCCGACGAAUCCACACGGAAUCGCCUGUCAUCGACAUUGGUAGAUGAAAUUCUAGAUCAGCCGGAGGACAGUAGUGCUGCAAGCCUCGAACAAUUAUCCGACGAUUUGGUGGAGCAGAUUAUGGCAGGCCAGGAUUCCGACGAAUCCACACGGAAUCGCCUGUCAUCGACAUUGGUAGAUGAAAUUCUAGAUCAGCCGGAGGACAGUAGUGCUGCAAGCCUCGAACAAUUAUCCGACGAUUUGGUGGAGCAGAUUAUGGCAGGCCAGGAUUCCGACGAAUCCACACGGAAUCGCCUGUCAUCGACAUUGGUAGAUGAAAUUCUAGAUCAGCCGGAGGACAGUAGUGCUGCAAGCCUCGAACAAUUAUCCGACGAUUUGGUGGAGCAGAUUAUGGCAGGCCAGGAUUCCGACGAAUCCACACGGAAUCGCCUGUCAUCGACAUUGGUAGAUGAAAUUCUAGAUCAGCCGGAGGACAGUAGUGCUGCAAGCCUCGAACAAUUAUCCGACGAUUUGGUGGAGCAGAUUAUGGCAGGCCAGGAUUCCGACGAAUCCACACGGAAUCGCCUGUCAUCGACAUUGGUAGAUGAAAUUCUAGAUCAGCCGGAGGACAGUAGUGCUGCAAGCCUCGAACAAUUAUCCGACGAUUUGGUGGAGCAGAUUAUGGCAGGCCAGGAUUCCGACGAAUCCACACGGAAUCGCCUGUCAUCGACAUUGGUAGAUGAAAUUCUAGAUCAGCCGGAGGACAGUAGUGCUGCAAGCCUCGAACAAUUAUCCGACGAUUUGGUGGAGCAGAUUAUGGCAGGCCAGGAUUCCGACGAAUCCACACGGAAUCGCCUGUCAUCGACAUUGGUAGAUGAAAUUCUAGAUCAGCCGGAGGACAGUAGUGCUGCAAGCCUCGAACAAUUAUCCGACGAUUUGGUGGAGCAGAUUAUGGCAGGCCAGGAUUCCGACGAAUCCACACGGAAUCGCCUGUCAUCGACAUUGGUAGAUGAAAUUCUAGAUCAGCCGGAGGACAGUAGUGCUGCAAGCCUCGAACAAUUAUCCGACGAUUUGGUGGAGCAGAUUAUGGCAGGCCAGGAUUCCGACGAAUCCACACGGAAUCGCCUGUCAUCGACAUUGGUAGAUGAAAUUCUAGAUCAGCCGGAGGACAGUAGUGCUGCAAGCCUCGAACAAUUAUCCGACGAUUUGGUGGAGCAGAUUAUGGCAGGCCAGGAUUCCGACGAAUCCACACGGAAUCGCCUGUCAUCGACAUUGGUAGAUGAAAUUCUAGAUCAGCCGGAGGACAGUAGUGCUGCAAGCCUCGAACAAUUAUCCGACGAUUUGGUGGAGCAGAUUAUGGCAGGCCAGGAUUCCGACGAAUCCACACGGAAUCGCCUGUCAUCGACAUUGGUAGAUGAAAUUCUAGAUCAGCCGGAGGACAGUAGUGCUGCAAGCCUCGAACAAUUAUCCGACGAUUUGGUGGAGCAGAUUAUGGCAGGCCAGGAUUCCGACGAAUCCACACGGAAUCGCCUGUCAUCGACAUUGGUAGAUGAAAUUCUAGAUCAGCCGGAGGACAGUAGUGCUGCAAGCCUCGAACAAUUAUCCGACGAUUUGGUGGAGCAGAUUAUGGCAGGCCAGGAUUCCGACGAAUCCACACGGAAUCGCCUGUCAUCGACAUUGGUAGAUGAAAUUCUAGAUCAGCCGGAGGACAGUAGUGCUGCAAGCCUCGAACAAUUAUCCGACGAUUUGGUGGAGCAGAUUAUGGCAGGCCAGGAUUCCGACGAAUCCACACGGAAUCGCCUGUCAUCGACAUUGGUAGAUGAAAUUCUAGAUCAGCCGGAGGACAGUAGUGCUGCAAGCCUCGAACAAUUAUCCGACGAUUUGGUGGAGCAGAUUAUGGCAGGCCAGGAUUCCGACGAAUCCACACGGAAUCGCCUGUCAUCGACAUUGGUAGAUGAAAUUCUAGAUCAGCCGGAGGACAGUAGUGCUGCAAGCCUCGAACAAUUAUCCGGGGAUCUGGUGAAGAAUAUUUUGGCAGAUCACAAAUCCGACGAAUCCACAGUGAAUCUGCUGUCGUCGCGAUUGGAUGAUGAAUCUCUUCAGCAGCCGGAUGACGUUGUUUCUGCUAAUCUGGACAUUUCACCCCAGAUGCUGCUGGGGACGAAUUCGCGAGCGCCGGAAUCCGACCAGCCCACACUCAAUGGCAUGUCAACGCGUUUCGCAGAUGAAACUUUCAUUGUGCCGCAGGAGAACUUUGCUGCAAACCUCGACCGAGUAUCCGGGGAUCUGGUGGAGCAGAUUUUGGCAGACCAUGAAUCCGACGAAUACACAGUGAAUCGCCCGUCAUCGCAACUGGUAUAUCCUAUUCCAAGUCCGAAGGAAGUCAAUGUUGCCACAGAUGUUGACCAUGUUUCCUUGACACCUGGUUACCUUUCGUUAAGCAAUUCAAUCUCCCCUGAAUCGUCUGCAAAUUCGGUAAAUGCUGGCGUGGAGGCGAAUUCUAAUUCUCCCGUCGGAGAUUCUUUGGGCUUGGGAAACGUUGGGGAUAUUCCUAAUGAGUGGAAGCCACAUCAGCUCGGAGUACCGACUGAAGUUUCGGAAUCACUGGCGAGUACCCAGGCGGUUGAUGGAUUAAAAUUGGCUACUCCUUCUUCACAGGAGACGGCGUCUGAAAUGCAACAACUGGAAAAACCCCCUACAGUCCAACAACAGAGGGAGCAAAAUUUGGUUCAAAAUUCUAAGCGUGUUGUGCUAAGUGGAAAUGAUGAACGUGAGUCUCUAUUUUCUAGCCUUAUGAACGUUCAAAAUGAAGUAUGA